UUUUCUAAUCUCCACUUCUCUUGUUCCAGCAUCUUCACAGGCGCCUCCAGGCUUCAAUCUCCCGGCGAUUAUGCAUGUCGAUCGGAACUGGAAUGUGAUGCCCACGGAACCGGUAGGAUCCUUCGUCACCAAGGUCUACAGUGAGAGUAGUCUUCCUGUGACCUUCGGCUUGGAGACCACUGAGCCGCCAGUACCGUUUAGGAUCGAUCCAAUCACUGGGGUUGUGACUGUGAAUGAUACGCUGAUUGAUAAGGAGAACAAAACCUACUCACUAUGGGUAACAGCGAACGACGGCUCCAUACCACAGAAAUUAGAAGUCUACGCAACAGUCUCCGACAAAUCCGGCAAGAGGCCGAAGUUACCUCAUCCACUGAACUUGAACUUCCCUGCCUACCCCAGCUUACCUAUACAACCAAAGUUUACGAGGACAACACAAAGUACUACCAAAGCAACUCAUAUUUAUGUAACAGUACCUGAAGUGACAACGUCACUGGCUACUCUAAGUCCUCCAAAUCCUCCUGACGAUGUUCCUGGGGGUAUGAAUAUAGUUCAGAACGAUGAUGGAACGACCAGUACUGAAGCUCCGAAUAAGAAUCCUACGAACAACGAUGUGCCUUUGACGAUGGUGCCUCUGGUGGCGAUAGGAGCUCUCGUAGUGAUUGUUGCUGUAGUCAUACUCUUCGUAUGCAAGAAGAAUAAUGCUCAAAAGAAGGAUAGCAAAAAGGAUGAUAUGAGUAAGGACUCGAGUGGGAUCGUCCUUCAAGACGCAUCGCUUAAUAUGUGGGACCAUCCACGCGCGUACUCCAAUCGUUAUGAAUCUUGGGACAACAAUCAUUUACAGUUGUCGGAGGAAACGUCGAUAUCAAAAGACGACCAUCCACCGGACAAGUGGGAGUUCCCUCGACAUAAGCUAAGGAUCUUCAACAUCGUGGGAGAAGGUGCCUUUGGCCAGGUGUGGCGAGCUCAAGCUACGGAUAUUGGUGGAAAGAAAGGUGAACAAACAGUUGCAGUGAAGACACUAAAAGAAAAUGCUUCAGAAAAAGAAAAAAUCGAUCUUCUACAAGAACUAUUGGUUAUGAAGAAUUUGGACUACCAUCCAAAUGUAGUCCAACUGAUUGGAUGCUGUACUGAAAAGGAACCCACCUUAGUAAUAAUGGAAUUUGUAAGCCUUGGCAAGCUCCAGCAGUUCCUCAGAGACUCCAGAGCUGAACGUCAUUACGGGAACACCCAUGGAAGCCAGUUCCUUACAUCUCAGGAUCUCACGAAGUUCGCCUUCCAAGUCGCGAGAGGAAUGGAUUUCCUUAGUUUGCAAGGGAUAAUCCACCGAGACUUGGCAGCGAGGAAUGUGCUGAUCACAGAAGACAGGGUGUGCAAAGUGGCAGACUUUGGCUUCGCCAGAGAUGUUGGUGAUACUCAUGUGUAUGAGAGGAAGAGUGACGGACGACUACCCAUCAGAUGGAUGGCGCCUGAAUCUUUAUACGACAAUAUAUUUAGUGUCAAGUCCGAUAUUUGGAGUUUUGGCAUCUUGCUGUGGGAGAUUGUGACCCUCGGCUCAACACCGUACCCUGGACUAUCAGCUAACGACGUCAUGAAAAAGGUCAUUGAAGGUUAUCGUCUCGAGAAGCCGGAGCACUGCCAUCGGGAACUUUACAACAUAAUGUACUACUGUUGGGAAGCAGAACCUAAAGACAGGCCAGAUUUCGCAGACAUCGUUAAUAGAUUAGAACCUCUAAUUAAUAAGGAUAUGGAUUAUAUACAGCUGGAAAGGUUUCCGGAUCAUUCUUAUUAUAAUCUUCAACAUUUAGAUGGGGAGAAACUAUGA